AUGAUUCUGGAAGUGACCGUGGAAAAACUGGGUGUGACACGUGUCAUUGAGUUCAUCCUUCUUGGCCCAACAGGACUGCAACCCAUCCUUUUUGCUGUCUUCCUCUUUGCCUAUGUAGUCACCGUCAGGGGCAAUGUUAGCAUUCUGGCUGCCAUCUCUGUGGAGCCCAAAUUCUACACUCCCAUGUACUACUUCCUGGGGAGCCUGUCUCUGCUAGACAUUGAGUGCAUCACUAUCACCAUUCCCCCAAUGCUGGCAUAUCUCCUAGCCCACCAAUGCAGAGUUCCCUAUGCAUCCUGCAUUUCACAGCUCUUCUUUUUCCACCUUCUGGCCAGUGUGGACUGUCAUCUCUUGACAGCCAUGGCCUAUGACCAUUACCUGGCCAUCUGCCAGCCCCUCAUCUAUAGCAGCCGCAUGAGCUGUGAAAUCCAGGGUGCCCUGGUGGGCAUUUGCUACACCAUCUCCUUCAUCAAUGCUCUGACGCACACAGUGGCUAUGUCCAUGCUUGAAUUCUGCGGCCCUAACGUGGUCAACCAUUUCUAUUGUGACCUCCUACCUCUUUUCCAGCUCUCUUGCUCCAGCAUUCACCUCAACAGGCAACUGCUUUUUUGUUGGGGGGUGGGUAUUUUCAUGGGGUUGGUCCCCAUGAUCCUCUUCUCAGUGUCUUAUGCCCACAUCCCAGCUGCUGUGCUGAGAAUCCGCUCAGCUGAGGGGAGGAAGGCCUUCUUCACAUGUGGCUCCCACCUCACUGUGGUCUGUAUCUUUUAUGGAACCAGUUUCUUCAGUUACACGCGUCUGGGCUCAGUCUCAGCCUUAGACAAGGAAAAGGGGAUUGGGAUCCUCAAUACUAUCUUCAGCCAGAUGCUGAACCCAGUCAUCUACAGCCUCCAGAACCCUGAUGUGCAGGGUGCCCUGAAGAGGGUGCUGACAGGAAAGAGGCCCCCUGAAUGA